AGUAUUGGUCUAAAACUUAAUCGAUUGAAAUGUACGUUUACUAUAAAAACAAACAUUACUAGUGACACAGACAAAACAGGGUAUACAAAUGCAUUCUAGGUUUCCCCAAAUUUUCCACAUUAUGCCACCUCCUUAUUGCGGUUUAUCUGAGGUCCAGCCAUCAUGAAUGAGAGCAAAAUAAGUCGUGUUUAAUAAUGCACUUGUUAUACUUGUUGCUAGUAGUAAAUUUUUCAGUAAAACGUUCUUUUGUUUGGAGGUCAUUCACAAUAUAUUUUCUUUAUUGAUCUCAUUUGGAAGUGACUAUAAUACUAUAUCAAAUUAUUGAACUGUUCUUUUUCAAGGUUGUGUUUGUUAUGAGAAACCCAAAAGAUUCCGCAGUAUCUCGUUUCCAUUUCGUUCAACAGUAUCGCUUUAGUGAAGAGUGGAACACUUGGGAUUGCUUUCUCCAGUCAUUUCUAUCCGAUGAUAUGCCAGGUGGUUCUUGGUUUGACUUUAAUUUGGCAUAUUGGAAACAUCGAAACGACAAGAACUUCUUCAUAACAACAUACGAAGACAUGAAAAUGGACAUCAGAGCUGUAAUUGAAGAAGUUACAGAAUUCUUGGAACAUCCUGUUUUUGAUAAAGUUUUGGAGAAACUGGUGGAAAUUGCAAGUUAUUCGAGGAUGAGCAAGAAAUUUAAUGGUAGAAUUCCCAGUGGAUCAGACUCUGAACGAUUUACAGAGAAUAUUCCGUUCAAGUUAAUGCGAAAAGGAAAAGUCGGUGACUGGAAGAACUUACUUACAGUUUCACAAAAUGAAAUCUUCGACAAAAUCUACGAAAAGAAAAUGAAGGGGUCUGAUAUGAAGUCGUGUAUUAAGUUUGAGCUUUAAUAAAUGAAAUUCUCUAUGAUAGGCUGGGUCUAUAUAAUUAUAUUUUAAUUUUAAUAAUAAUCAUAGUUUUACUGUAGUUACAGAAACCACUGAGGCCGAGAAGGUAGAAAAAUUGCACCGAGCCUAGACCUCUCUGCAAGGUCCGGUACAGAAAUUUCAGUUUUCUGCUUAGGCCCUGAAUUAAGUUUUAAGUGGAAUUUGCAAACUCAACAUGGAUAGUAUUUUUGCGAUCCGUAGGCACCACGGAACUGAAAACAUGAAUUUCUUAUUUCGGUGUGUGGCGUCAGGAAAAUAUAGCAGUAAUGUUUUGCCCUACCUAACGUGUUAUCGUACUGAAUACUAGUCACUACGUUCUCAAAUACUUGCGAAAAGAAAUUAAUUUCUUGAUUGAUUGAUUGAUGGUGGAUUAAUUGAUUGAUUGAUGAUUUUAAGUUUCCUUUUUUUUAUCUUUUGAACGAAACUCUAAUAAAUUAGUAUUAUACUCCGUUACAUGUUAAUAUUAACUUUUGAAUUGGUUAGUUUUUAAUUAGAUGGAUAAAAUAUUAGCAUACAUUAUAAAUAAUAUAGUUGCUACAGUAUAUAUUUUUGCAUAGACCCUUUAAUUGGCUGGUACCGUAAUCAAUAAAGAUUUUAUUUAGAAAAUAGUAAGUCAAUGUAAACUAAUAAUAUUGUAUGAUCUUUGUUAAUAAUAGUUUUAAUUCUUUUAAUGAGCUGAUUCUUUAAUUAAAUUAUUGAGGUUUUUAGAGGAUUUUCAGAGAGACAAUAAAAAUAUCUCUACUAAUUAUUCUUGUAUGUAAAUUAAAAUAUGUUGUUGCAUCGUAUCGUAGUAAAUACUCCACCACAGUGGAAUGAGAAAAUGGGUCGCUCCACAGUAAUAAAGAUAGUCCCCACGAUGUUUCGUCGACAGCUUUCGGUGAUGCUGAUUGGUUGGUCGAAUCGGGGACACUUAUCGCGUCGGGGACUGCUACACAGUGCAAAAAAAAUGCACUGAAAGCACUAUAGCGACAGGAGAGUGGGGGCGCUUUCCAACGGAUCAGCAUCUAUGUAGAAAAUUUAUGAUUCAGAAUGGUAAAAUAUAUUCUGCUGUAACUGAAAGUCCUAUAAUUGUUAAUACCAUUCUCAUGUUCGUUAGUAUAGAACACAUAGCUGAUCGUAUUUAUUUGUAGAUUUUAAAGAGAUGUGUCGUAUCCUUAAACCUUCUUCUCUCUAGAGGGCGCACUCUAACAUUAUAUCCAAGAUUUUUCUUUCUAAAUACUGUUAACAUUAGUAGUAAAUCUGUUUGUAUAAACAA